AUGAAAACCUUGUUAAUAUUCCUUGCUUUUUUAUCAAGCAUUUUUGCUUCCUUGAUAGGAUUGACGCCACCCAGCAAAGACUCAUUUUAUUCACCUCCCGUUGGGUUUGCAACUGCUAAGCCAGGUGAUAUCUUAAAAAUUAGAAACACUCCCAGUGCUCCUAGUAGUUUAUAUUUACCCAUUGUUGUUAAAAACGCUUGGCAACUUUUAAUCAGAUCCGAAGACUCUUUUGGAAAUCCAAAUGCUUUUGUUGCUACCCUUAUUCAACCAUUGAAUGCAAACCCUUCAAAACUAGUUUCUUAUCAAAGUUGGGAAGAUGCCUCUCAUAUUGACUGCUCACCUUCAUACGGGAUGCAAUUCAAGUCUCCAGCUACAACAGUGACUACUCAAAUUGAUAUGACACUAAUUGUCCCUCUAUUACAGAACGGCUAUUAUGUUAUUAUCCCUGAUUAUGAGGGUCCAAAAUCUACAUUCACAGUAGGUAGACAGUCUGGGAAGGCAACUCUAAACUCAAUCAGGGCAGCAUUACAAACGGGAGCCUUCUCAGGGAUUAAAAAAACUGCCAAAGUUGCUUUGUGGGGAUACUCUGGUGGGUCUUUGGCUACUGGCUGGGCAAUAAGUUUACAGCUGAAAUAUGCCCCAGAGUUGAAGGAAAAUUUAAUAGGUGCUGCUGUUGGUGGAUUUGCUACUAAUAUUACUGCUGUGGCUGAAGCUGUUGAUGGAACUGUGUUUUCUGGAUUUAUACCACUUGCUUUGAAUGGGUUGGCAAACGAAUAUCCCGAUUUCAAAAAGAGAUUGUAUGGUGAAGUUAAGCUCAGUGCUAGAUCUACUAUGGAAAAAGGAUCACAAAAUUGCUUGGCUGCUUCGCUUGUUGGUUAUCCGAUGAGUCAAUACUUUACUGGGCAAAACAGGGCUUUUGAAAAAGGGUGGGGACUUUUACAAGAUGAAGUUUUUAACAAAACCAUUGAAGACAACUUGUUGUUAAAAUUGGACAAAACCUAUUUACCCCAAGUCCCUGUUUUGAUUUAUCAUGGAACCAUAGAUGAGAUUAUUCCCAUUAAAGAUGCCAAUGCUCAAUAUCAGAUUUGGUGUGACAGGGGAAUCCAGUCACUAGAAUUUGCUGAAGAUUUGCUGGCAGGUCAUUUAGCAGAAACAUUUACUGGGGCCCCUGCUGCUUUGUCAUGGAUUGACGCAAGAUUUUCUGGCAAACCUGCUGUUAAUGGAUGUCAACGUACAAUCAGGUCUUCAAACGUGUUAUACCCGGGUAUUUCAAUUACAAUUCGAAUUUACUUUGAGGGUAUUUCUAAAACAAUUUUCGGGGUUAACUUAGGAUCGGGAGUUAACGCUGAUAAAUCUAUUAGCAAUAAAUUUUUCGCUUAUAUUAGAAAAUAUAUUUAA